GAAUCAUACAAGCGACAUGGUACUAGGAAUAUUUUUGCAGGAUAAUUAUCCAGUGUGAUUAAUAAAGUAAUUAGAUUUUAUUAAAAAAAUACAAAAGAAAAUAAAAUCAUUACUUUUUCCUUUAUAUUGAUCAGACAAGCACCAAUGUCGGUAAAACCCCACUCACUUCACUCUCUCCACUUCCCCCCAUGGCUUCCCCUAUCAUUGCUCUCCUCUUCUUCUUCCUCUCUCCUCCGUUCACCUCCGCCGCCACUCAAGCCGCGAAAACCUUCAUCUUCCGCGUCGACGGCGGAUCCAUGCCGUCUAUCUUCCCGACACACCACCACUGGUACACCUCCGAGUUCACCCAAGAAUCCUCCAUCCUCCACGUCUACCACACCGUCUUCCACGGCUUCUCCGCCGUGGUCACUCCCGACCAAGCCGACAACCUCCGCAACCACCCUUCCGUCCUCGCCGUCUUCGAAGACCGCCGCCGGGAGCUUCACACCACCCGCUCCCCUCAGUUCCUCGGCCUGGAGAACCAGAAGGGACUCUGGUCCGAAUCAAACUACGGCUCCGACGUAAUCAUCGGAGUCCUAGACACCGGAAUCUGGCCGGAGAGAAAAAGCUUCUCAGAUCUAAACCUCGGUCCAAUCCCAAAACGCUGGAGAGGGGUUUGCCAAACCGGAACCCGGUUUAGCCCCAAGAACUGUAACCGUAAAAUCGUUGGCGCGAGAUUCUUCGCCAAGGGACAGCAAGCGGCCGUUAUGGGAGGGAUCAACAAAACGGUUGAGUUUUUAUCCCCACGUGACGCGGACGGUCACGGGACCCACACGGCCUCAACGGCCGCGGGGCGCCACGUGUUCAAGGCGAGCAUGUCGGGCUACGCCUCUGGUAUCGCCAAAGGCGUAGCCCCCAAGGCUCGCCUCGCCGCGUAUAAAGUCUGUUGGAAAGACUCCGGCUGCCUCGACUCCGAUAUCCUCGCCGCGUUCGACGCCGCCGUGGCCGACGGCGUCGACGUGAUCUCGAUCUCGAUCGGCGGCGGAGACGGGAUCACCUCGCCGUAUUAUCUCGACCCGAUCGCGAUCGGGUCGUACGGCGCGGCGGCGAGGGGGAUAUUCGUGUCGUCCUCCGCCGGAAACGAGGGGCCUAACGGCAUGUCGGUUACGAAUCUCGCGCCGUGGGUGACGACCGUCGGCGCCGGAACGAUCGAUCGGAAUUUCCCGGCGGAUGCGAUUCUCGGCGACGGACAUCGCCUCGGAGGAGUGUCUCUCUACGCCGGAGCUCCUCUUAACGGACGGAUGUUCCCGGUGGUUUACCCCGGGAGCGCGGGAAUGUCGUCGGCGUCACUGUGCAUGGAGAAUUCUCUCGAUCCGAAACAUGUGAGGGGUAAAAUCGUAAUUUGCGAUAGGGGGAGCAGUCCACGUGUGGCGAAAGGAUUGGUUGUGAAAAAAGCGGGAGGCGUUGGGAUGAUCCUCGCUAACGGCGCUUCUAACGGUGAAGGAUUAGUCGGUGACGCUCAUUUAAUCCCAGCCUGCGCCGUUGGAUCUAACGAGGGAGAUCGAAUCAAAGCCUACGCUUCUUCCCAUCCCAACCCGGUCGCUUCAAUCGAUUUCAGAGGGACGAUAACCGGGAUCAAACCGGCUCCGGUUAUCGCUUCUUUCUCAGGGAGAGGACCGAACGGAUUAAACCCGGAGAUUUUAAAACCGGAUCUGAUCGCUCCGGGGGUUAACAUCCUCGCCGCGUGGACAGACGCUGUAGGGCCCACAGGCUUACCUUCAGAUCCACGUAGGACGGAGUUCAACAUCCUCUCGGGUACAUCGAUGGCGUGUCCUCACGUGAGUGGAGCAGCGGCUUUGCUUAAAUCCGCCCAUCCUAAUUGGAGCCCCGCUGCAAUUAGAUCCGCGAUGAUGACUACAACUAACCUCGUGGAUAACUCUAACCGCUCGUUAACCGAUGAAUCCACGGGAAAAUCGGGUACGCCUUACGAUUUCGGGUCGGGUCAUUUAAAUUUGGGCCGGGCGAUGGAUCCGGGUCUGGUUUACGAUAUAACAAACGACGAUUACAUCACGUUUCUAUGUUCGAUCGGUUACGGAGCGAAAACGAUUCAGGUGAUCACGAGAACGCCGGUGAGAUGUCCGGCGAGGAGGAAACCGUCGCCGGGGAAUCUGAAUUAUCCGUCGAUCACGGCGAUGUUUCCGACGUCGAGGAGAGGGACGUUGAGCAAGACGGUUGUGAGGACCGCGACGAACGUGGGGCAGCCCGGGGCGGUUUACCGGGCGAGGAUCGAGUCGCCGAGGGGAGUGACGGUGACGGUGAAGCCGGCGAGGCUGGUGUUUAGUGUGGCCGUUAAGAGACGGAGUUUUGCGGUUACGGUGACGGUUGAUACGAGGAGUGUGGUGUUGGGGGAGACGGGAGCUGCGUUUGGGUCGGUCACGUGGUUUGAUGGUGGGAGGCACGUGGUUCGGAGCCCCGUUGUGGUGACCCAAUUAGAUGUGUUGUAAAAGAAUCCGGGUCGGGUUUUUGGAUGAUCAAGCGGUCAUGAUCGUGUUUAGUAAUAACUGCUAGAACUAUUUUUAGUUUAGUGGGCUUUUUUAUAUUUUAAUGUUUUUGUGUUUUUUUUUUCUGAAUGAGACUUUCAUCUUAUCUUUUUUUUUUAAAUACGUAUGAAAAAUAUCAGAUGAUGUCCAAAACUCAUCGUUAUUAUUGUACUACAACGAUUAAAGACCACAGAUCUAUAAAUAUGCCAGACAUUAUGAUAGAAGAUGAUUGAUUACGACAUGGGAAAGACAAAGAUGAUUGAGUUGUGCAAAGUGGCAAAACUAUGGAGAUAUACGUAUGUGUUACGCUUUGACGUUUAUUUGAGUUCCCACUUGAAUCCCCACUUCUUUGCUUUGGUUUAUUUGACU